UGCUUUCACUGCAUUGCGUAAAUUGAUCAGCUUAGUUUACUCGAAUGCUGCUACCGAUUCAAACUUAUUAAGGCACAGUCUGAUGGUUGCUUUUGUUACUCGCAUUUGGAUAUACAAGCAAAGGAUAGUCUUUAAUAAUAAAAAACUAAAUAGAAAAAUAUGGGACUUUAAUUUUAUACCAAACAGUUAUGUAUUAAUGUGCAUCACUUUUUAGUUCUAUGCACAUUUUUAAUCAUAAUUAGCAAAUCAUGAGAAAGCAAAUCUUAAAUAGUAAAAAACAAGUAGUAAAAACAACAACCAUACAGAGAUUAAGUUACUUGUAUUUGCUUUGGUUGAUGUAUUAUUCAGUAGAAUGAUUUGGGAAGACAGGUCAUCAUGAUUCAGAGUUUGAGUUCUUCGUUAUUUAUCUUAUUCUUCCAUUAGCUCUUAUUUCUUCUUUUUGAUGGUUUACACAUAGUGUGUACAAGUAUACAACUUGACCUGUUUUUUCAUGUUUUACUCUUGCACCUCAUGUUUGCUUUUCUGAUAUUUAAUAUUAUUUGAUCAAUAAUUUAUCACCAUAUCUUGGCUGCAUAAAUAUCACAAAAUUUAUUUGCUUAUUUGUAUUGAUGUUCUUUUUUAUAUUGGUAUCUCUAAAUAGGCAUAUUGCCUAUACAGACAAAACAAGUUGGAUGAAGCUUUGGUAUUGUUGGAGAAACAAGAUAAGACUCAUUCAAGUAUGUUGUUAGAAGCUCAGAUUCUAUAUCGUUUAGGAAAAAUGGAUGCUUGUGUUGAUGUCUGUCGGAAUCUUCAAAGAGCGAAGAUUGAUUCCUUGGAAAUAAAUUUGGUUGCUGGUUUGAUUUCGGCUGGGAGAGCUUCUGAAGUUCAGGGAACUUUGGAUGCACUUAAGGUUAAGGCAACUAGCAGCUUUGAGUUGGCAUAUAAUAUUGCUUGUUCUUUAAUUGAAGGAAAUAAGCACAAGGAUGCUGAGCAACUCUUGCUCACUGCACGAAGAAUUGGUCAGGAAACACUUACAGAAGAGAACCUUGCUGAUGAUGAUGUAGAGAUUGAACUAGCUCCUAUAGCUGUCCAAUUAGCUUAUGUCCAGCAGCUUCUUGGUCACACACAAGAGGCUGUUGGAGCUUAUACAGACAUUGUAAACCGAAAUUUGGCAGAUGAGCCAUCUCUUGCAGUGGCAGUGAACAACCUUAUUGCAAUGAAAGGUCCCAAAGAUAUAUCUGACAGCUUAAGGAAACUUGAUCGGCUUAAAGAGAAAGACUCACGGAAGUUUCAGCUUGCGCAUGCAAUUGACUUGAAGCUUUCACCAAAACAAAAGGAGACAAUUUAUGCGAAUCGGGUUCUUCUACUUAUUCAUGCAAAUAAGAUGGAUCAGGCGCGGGAACUUGUUGCUUUUUUGCAAGAGCUGUUUCCUGACAGUGUGAUGCCAGUACUGCUUCAAGCUGCUGUCUUGGUGAGAGAAAACAAGGCAGGGAAAGCAGAAGAAAUGUUGGGUCAGUUCGCUGAGAAAUUCCCUGAAAAAUCAAAGACUAUUUUCUUAGCAAGGGCACAAGUUGCUGCUGCUGCUGGCCAUCAUCAAAUUGCAGCUGAAUCCCUUGCUAAGGUACCUGAUAUCCAGCACAUGCCUGCCACUGUUGCCACUCUUGUUGCUCUCAAAGAACGUGCUGGAGAUAUAAAUGGUGCUGCUGCUGUACUUGACUCUGCAAUCAAAUGGUGGAAAUCUGCCAUGACUGAGGACAACCAGCUCAGUGUUAUAAUGCAACAGGCUGCUUCCUUCAAGCUCAGGCAUGGCAAGGAAGAGGAUGCUGCCCUUCUGUAUGAGGAGCUUGUGAAAAGUCAUGGAAGCAUAGAGGCAGUAGUUGGGCUAAUAACUACUAUAUCCUCCUUUAGAAAACCAUUCAAAAAGGCUGACUUGAUGUCUAAAUGA